AUGUCAGUGAGUGGAACUAUUACGAAAUACUUAUCUCAAGAUGAGCAAUUGAAGGCGCUUUCAGAUCUGAUUCAAAAUGAUCAAAUAGAAGAAAUAUUGAAUAUAUUCAAUGCUACUUCAAUUGAUUUCUCAAAUGAUGAGAAGCUUGCUCAAUUAUUAUUUGAGAAAAUUAAGAACAAAUUACUAAAAAAACUAGUCGCUCUUGAAAGCGAUGGUCAUUUGGAAACCUCUUUGAGUGAAAUAUUGGAAGAUAAGGAGAUCCAUGUGUCUACUAAACUAAUUGCAAAAGUGCCAUAUCUAUGGUCACAUUUUGAAACGUGGAUCAGUGAUAGGUUAAUGGGAUUCAUGACAGGAAAUGUAAGGAAACUUUUUGACUCCGAGUUUUAUACUGAUAUUGUAUUGCGUUUCGUCGAUAUUUCUGUAUCUGAAGCCAGUUUCGACGAUUCUCAGGUUAGUGAGUUUGAAAUUCUUUACUAUUUGCAUUUGUUAGAGGGAGUUUAUCUGGCGGAAACUGAAAAAGCACCUUUAUCAUCAAGCUCCUUGGAUAAUAUCUUGGUGCCAUUGUUAGGAUGUAACAUCGAACUUCUAGCAAGCACUUGCUCUAAAUUGAUGAGGUGGAGAUUCAAGGAAAUUAAUGGGAUAUCUAUGAAUGAUUCUGGGUUUGACAAAGCCACAUGGAACUGUAUGAAGGCACUAUACACAGAUAGAAAUAUACAUGGAUGGAAACAAAGAAAUUGUCUUUCCUUUAUCCUUAGAAGUCUCUCAACACCUAACAUUCCACCACAUUUGGUUGCUUUUAUUAAAUCUGAUGAUUACUGGUUACAGGUACAGAAUGCAUUGGACCAUGAUAUUCAUGAAUAUAGAAAACUAGGUCUCUCAAUUCUUAAAUUGACCAUUCAAAGACUAACCACCGGAUUUGAAGCUUUCCAAACCAAAUACUUCAGCUGGAAGCCCGAGGAGGCAUCUAGUAUUCUGGAAAUAUGGAAGAAAUACACAACCUUAUAUGAAAUUGUUGCGUUGGACACCGCAUUAAAUCAAAUUCAAGCUGCAAGUGCAGAUAUUAUAAGUUUGAUAGAUGAUGCGCUUUUAUAUCCUAGCUGGGGGUUGAUUAUAUUUUCCACCGGCUUGAAAGUUUCGAUGGAAAGUGUCAGAAAGUACAUGGUUUCAUUAAUUCUAGAAAUCCAAGAUGGAUCCGCAUUCUCUUCCAAUAUAGCAAUAUUAACAGAAAGAAUUCUUCCUUCCUUAAUGGAAGCACAUUACUAUAAUACAACUGACACAAGCUGUCCUCAUGGUGAACGCGUUACUAUGUUUGUGUGUGAAAUCCUUUCUCAAGCAGAGAAUGCCCUACCCAUUGUAUUGCAAAACAUCUUGCAACUAUUAAUUAAAGAAGGAGCUUCAUUUGGACCCUCAAGGAUUUAUAUUUCUUUAGGUAUUCUAAACUUUUUCCAAGUAACUCAUUCCAAUGUUGUAUCGCUGCAAAAUUUAGCCCAAAUAAAGAAAUUGUAUGAAUUUGAAAGUGAAGAUGAAGUGUUCGAUACGACAAUUCAAACAAUUUAUCUUAAGUUUUUAUUUUUCAUUCAUCCUUCUAUUACACCAACUGAUUGGUUACAAACUAUUGUAACACAUUUACAGAACGUGAACGGAUCGUACAGAUAUAUUUCACCAUUGAUCGACUUGUUUAGAGAUGUUGCCGUAUCAAGGUUUAAUCAAAAUGCUGUUGAAGAGCAACUUGCUUUCUCCAUUGGUAAAAACCCCACUUUCGACAUGCUGGCAACCAUAUUAUUUGAUGACAAGAGAGUUCCUAUCAAUCGAGAAUUUCUUUUAGAGUUGAUAAGAUGCGGCGAGGAAAUCUCAACCCAUACCAAUGCUAUGGUGACACUACUAUCAAAUUUAUUAUUUCAAAAAUGUAGCAAUGAAGAUUAUCAAGAUGGGUAUUUAUUGACACAAUACCAUGGAUUCACAACUAGCACCUGGAAUUCCAUAGAUAUAACAAAAGCAUAUGAGACCUUAUGUAAAGACUUUUCUGGUGAAAAAUUUAAAUUUUUUGUUGCCGUUAUGGAAAAGGUUAUGGAAAGCAACGGGAAGGACCUUGAUUUGAAAACUGGUGAUGCUUUUAAACUUUUGGACACCAUUUCUGAAUACCUGAAAAACUACCAAAAAGAAAGCUUUAAGUUCAAAGAUGCAAUUUACGGAGCGUACUUCGAUUUUCUAUUGAUAUUUUUGAAAACACAUCCUCUCGAAAGAAAUGAACUAAAACAGCUAUUGACUAUUAUCGCUCAAAAUGUUAAAGUAGAUAAUGGAAAUUACACAGGUAACUUAAGCAUAUCAAAACUUUCCGAGUUCCUCUUAAAUACUUAUGCAUUACCCCUAGGUAGUCAAUCAACAGAUGCAAAUGAGAUUUCAAGACAUAUCUUGCAGUACAUGUGCUUUAUGUGGGAAUCGCUCGAUACAGAAAGACUUGUUCUAAAGGAACGCAAACUACACUUCUCCAUCAUCCAAACGAUCUUUAAUUCAUCGACCUUAUAUUAUGCUGCGAAAGGGGAUAAGGAAUUGGCUAAUCUUUUGAAAACAAGCGGUCUGAGUAUAAUUGGCCAUGGGUUUUCAAAGAGGGGGUUCCUUCCUUUACUAAGUUCUCAACUUUGCCAGUUCAUGAAAAGAUACGGUGCUAUGUUGGAUAGCGAAGAUGCAAACUACGACUGGUUGAUUCUAAUCUUGUUUAAAUGUUUCACUCAACCUCAAAUGAAUACUAAUAUCUUUAACAUGAAACCAGUAAUUGCUCAUUUAUAUGACAAGAAGUUGAGUAUUUAUUAUGGAGAGAAGCAUUGUUUGUAUAAGAGCGUGUAUGGUAUUUCUGAGAUUUCCAACAAAAUUUUCACCAUUAAUGCACUGCUACUUACGACAGAUAUCUUUAAGAGACAAUUUAUUUCAGAAGUUGUCGAAGAGACAAACUUAUUGGUUUCCAAGAAGAGAAUUGAUGGUCCGGAAGAAAUGGAAAGAUUAGCAUUAUGGGAAUUACUUAUUAUGUGCCGUCACGCAAUGAAGUCCAUAAACCUCCCAAGCUCUAUAACAAACGCCAUUUUACACAAUAUUGAAAUAGAUGAAGGUUCGCCUCUUGUCAGGAUCUAUAAGGAAUGGUUUAUUGCAUAUGAAUUAGCAGAAAACUAUAAUGAAAGCACCUCAACUCCAAAUGAAGACUAUGUUUUUAAUCUAUUAAUUGACCAUAGUAAACCAGUAUUAGUGGUUAGUGCUGAAAAGAUUUGCUUCUUGAUAUUAAAAGCUCUCAAAUUGAAAGGAAAACAAGACACAACUAGAUUAUUAGACAGAUUCAUCUGUGAAUUAGUGCCAAAUGCUACAUCUAACAAACCUUUGGUAAGACAUUUCUCAAAUUCAUUAAUCUUAUCAUUCUGGCCAGUGUUUAAAGAUAUGGUUUUAAAUCCUACUUUGAAAAGUAUCCUUGGCAACUUAUUUGAGAAUUCUCAAAGAACUCAAAUACAUGGCCAAUACAGAUCUGGGGAUGCCAACAUUUGGAAUUUAUACGAUGAUUUGACAUUAACCAAUAUAUUUGGUGGGGUGAUUAGGAAGAUCACUGAUCAUGAAGCUCCUUAUCUAUCAGAGGAAACAUUUAAUACUUAUUUGCUUGACAAGAAUCUAUUUGAAAUUGGUAAAGAUGAACCAUUACUAUGGUUAAGGAAAAGAAGUGGAUUGGAAGUUGUCUCACAGAAAACGGCAUCCCCCAUCAAUGCUGGAUCUCAAUUGCAAACCAAGAGUGGAGCGUGGGAGACUGUCUUUGAUAUAGAUAACAAGAAAUCACAUCAAAUUGUGAAACGUUCAGACUUGAUUGUUGUUUCUUCAUUAGUUGACAAACCUCCAAAUCUGGGUGGUAUUUGUAGAUUAUGUGAUGUGCUAGGUGUUGGUUUAUUGACAGUUCAAGAUCUUCGAGUGAAGAAUCACCCACAAUUUAAGAAUGUUGCAGUUACAGCAGAUAGGUGGCAACCGAUGGUGGAAGUUCCUGUUGAUGAAAUUACAAAAUUCAUGAAGAGUAAAAAACAGGAAGGGUACACACUGAUUGGGCUAGAACAAACGGAUAAAUCUGUCCAACUUGAUAAUAAUUAUAAGUUCCCACGUAAAUCUUUGAUUCUACUGGGAACAGAAGCUCAUGGUAUUCCUGGCCCAUUAUUAAAUGAACUUGAUCUUUGCUUAGAGAUAAAGCAGCAUGGUGUUAUCAGAUCGAUGAACAUUCAAACUGCUACAGCAGUUAUUGUCCAUUCGUAUACUGUUCAACACCUCUGA